UCACUGCUCAUGCUCAGUAAGAUUCCUAGAGCCCGGAGAGACAAGGCUCGCCCGUGGAAUAAUUGAUCCAAUCGAAACUCGUCUUGCUCCCGCCACGUUUUGUGCACUGACGCGACGCGACGCUCUUUAUGUAAGCUGACCGCGGUCGCGCGUCCCGCUGCACCGUCCGCGAAUUCCCGACCAGGAGUGUGUUCUGUAUCGAGUUCCUACGCGACGAAUCCAUUCCGCGAAUAGCAGGCAUCUUCGAUCGGCCGAAGAUAGCGACUACCAACAACAAGUGUCCCGGAUAAACGAUCCUCGCUUGGCACCAACCAACCUGUUUACCAUAGCCCCGUGCGAGCUCACGCGUUCACUUUUCCUCAGGGGUGGCGUCGUUUUUAUUCCAAGGGCGGCAAAACUGUUGGUCUCCCAUAGGUAGCGCGGGUAUCCCGCGACAGGACGCAUCGUCAGGCGACGCCGCUCGAUACGCUCGGUGGAGCCUGUUGAUACUCGAAGGCUAUGUAGCAUGCAAGAUGAAUGGGGCUGAUUUCAAAGUUUCGCACGAGAAGAAGAAAUUAUGCUGAGAAGAUCGUUCGGUCGUCAGAUCGGAGGAAGGAGAAGGUUAAUCCUUGGUCAGGAUAAUAGGAGCGUUAAGUGGAAAAUCUAGUCAAGUCGGAUGUCAAAGCGUGACAUCUAGUCGAGCGAGUAGGUAAUCGAAGGGACAGAAGCAGGGGUUAAAUCCGACGACAGAGGAAGGAGAGGAUCCUCCUCGUCCCGACAGGACGAUGACUGUGCUCCGCGGGAAGGGUGUGGCUCGACACCGACGCGAACGCCUACGAAGAAGGAAGAACAACCGUUGGUGAUAUAGCAUGUUGCCCGCUAUCGUGAAAUAGCGAGGUGGAAGACGGAGCGCAGCGAGGAGUCGAAGGUGUGCGUACCGCCGCGCGGCGCUGUCGUCGUUUGGCUUGCCACCGCGGUUGCACCGACGCCACCACCUCCACCGCCACGGCCCACCGUCACCCCUCUCGUUGCCGCUUGCCGCCCGGUUCGUUUACGUUUCUGACAGUGGCCCGAACGAGCGGUGACAGCCGAAGCGGCAGUUCCCAGUGCGCCGUCGUACUGUGCGUAUCGUGUCUGCGUGCCGUUCCUCCGAGAUCCUCUUACCGCGUGGUCGGCCAACUGUCAAACCUGACCAAAGAAUCGACUUAUCGGUUACACACGAUAAACAGGAAACCUCUCCGAUAACCUCGCCUCCUUGUCAACUGUUCCUUGCAUCCGGAUCUGAUUUACUAGCAAGGAAAAAAUAUCGACGCUUGUUUUCGUUCGAACGUAAAAAGUGCUUCGAUGAAGUAAGAUGUGCAUUGUUUUUAGAGCUUCGAGGAUAACGAGCAGCGGAUCGUAUCGCGUACUUUACACCGCGAACGACGCGUGCACGUAAACCCUUUGCUAUCGCGCCUUUUCCCCAAAAGAAGGGAACAAGCUCGAAGGAAAAGUUGUACGAACAGCUGAUCCGUUGGCACAGGCAAAAAUGACGGAAUUGGCGAAAGAAGCUUUCGCUUCGCGCAAUUAUCGUCUCGCUGUUGAGAUGUACGAGCGCAACCUGAAACACCAAACUCCGACGUUCGAGAUGCUCGUUGGCUACGGAGAUUCCCUGGCAAAGUGCGGUCGUAUCAGGGAAUCGAUCGGUGUUUAUGCAAGAUGUUUAGCCGUGGGCUCCAUUCCACCGGAGAGACUGAAACACCUGGCCAAUGCUCUUCUGGACGAGUUAUCCGGCGCAGCUACCACCGCUAGCACCAGAAGAAAAAUCGAAACAUCGUUCGCGUGCCCUGUUUGCGAGGGAACUUUGUGCCAACCGGUGACCACGAACUGCGGUCAUAUUUACUGCAAGAAUUGCGUGGAACCGGGGAAGAAUUGUCGCGUGUGCGGGCAGAAAAUCGGCUUGGUGGGUGAGACGAAUGUGCUGGUGCAGAGACUCGUGGAAAAGUGGUGGCCACGCGAGGCGGAAGCUAGUAGGGCGAGACACGAGGGUGAUAUUCUGAUGAAGGAGGGCCACUUGGCUCAAGCUUUGGAGAGGUACAAUCUCGCGGUCCAUCUUGCGCCAAACAGCCCACUCCAUCUUAGCAACAGGGCUCAUGUCUUGCUCCUGUUGAAUAGGCCUCAAGCUUCCCUUACGGACGCUGACCAUGCUGUUAGGCUACGACCAGAUUAUGGAAAGGGUCAUUACAGGCGAGGGAUGGCUUUGUCUGCGUUGGGCAGACACGAAGAAGCGUUAUUUGCCCUUUGCAUUAGUGUGGCCAUUGACAAGAAUCCUCAAGCUGUUCGUCACGACUUAAUCAAGAUGCUGUACAAAGUGCUGUCGUCCGGUCAUCGUUGUUACAGUCUGUCAUCGCGCACCCCUUACAAUUUAACGGAAGGAGUGUCACGCGUGAGGAGUCGUCAUCAGUUGUUGAGCCUGAAGAGGAAUCGACGAGUGGCUUUGCAUGGUUCAGACUGCGAGGACAAUAGUAGCGGCGGUGAAGAGGAGUACACUCAGACUGUUAGUAGGAGACUUCUAUCAACCACAGUACCACAAAACAACACGAAGUUACAGGAUGGUCUGGAUCGUCUCUAUCAAGACAUAGAAAAAUUGAAAAGACUCGAAGCAAGGCCUGCAGAAAUACUUUUUCCUCCUCUUCCCGGUGGCACAGCUGGUGAAUUGGAUUGUAUUCUAUGCUGUCGACUUUUAUGGAAACCCGUAACUACACCAUGUGGUCACACGUAUUGUUGGAUGUGCUUGGAUCGUUGUUUGGAUUACUCCUCCGCUUGUCCUUUAUGCGUCACGUCCCUCGCCGACUAUCUGGCCAGCAGCCAGAAGACGGUGACAGACUUCGUGGAGAGGGCUUUGAAAACCGUGGCUCCCGCGGAAUAUGCCUCCAGGGCGACCAGCCACCGAUUAGAAUUGGUCCAAGGACUAGGGCUGUUGGGAAGCGAGGAGAUCGCGGUUUUCGUUUGCACAACAGCAUUCCCCUGUGUCGCCUGUCCCUUGUUCGUCUAUGAACCAAGAUAUAGGCUGAUGGUGAGGAGAUGCGUGGAAAGCGGUGUUCGUCAAUUCGGCAUCGCGGCCUGUCUGAACAGAGAAGCAACGGGGACGAAAAGAUACGCGGAGUAUGGCACCAUGCUUGAAAUCCGGGACAGAGUCUUACUGAAAGACGGUUGCAGUAUCCUUAGCACAGUAGGGGGAAGAAGAUUCAGAGUUCUUUCUGGGGGCGAGAGGGAUGGUUACGACACGGCUCAAGUUGAAUUCCUCAGGGACACAAUGGUACACGAAGACCAAUUGUUGAACCUCUUAGAACUGCAUGACAAGGUGAGAACGAAAGGGAGAAAAUGGUGGGACACGGUACCAUCGUCGCAGCAAACCGAAAUACAACGGGUAUUCGGUCGAAUGCCAGAGACAGAAGAAGAUUGGCCUCGUUUACCAGACGGUCCAUCGUGGACAUGGUGGUUGCUGGCCAUUCUUCCUUUGGGUCCGCAGUUGCAAGUGGGAAUUCUCGGUACAACGAGCCUAGAAAAAAGGUUGAGGGCGAUCGAGAAGACCCUCGAUCACAUGGAGCAGAGGCAACUGACAGUCGCUCCUGCACCCUCGGAGGAAACGACCACUUCCUCGAGCAUUUGUCGAGACGAGGGUGGUAUAACCGACACCACGGUUUCCAUGGUUCAACAGACUUAAAUGGAAACGAUCGAAGAAAGAGGACGAUCCUUUCAGGCCAUUUUUCUCGUGCUGAACUAAAGGGAUUUCGAUUUUCACUCGAUGUACAAAGUACUUGCAGAGUAGCUUAUCGAAGAUUACUACUUUUUACUCGAUAUUUAAUAUACACCCGGAGACCAGCGGAGGAAAACCGAUCGAUUGGGUUUUCUUAACUGCAUCGGUUUCCUAAUUUCUUUCUUAUACUUAAUCCUGUUAGUUACGUUUUAACUCGAGUACUAUUUCUCUCUUUCUUAUUUGGUACUCGUUAAACUUACUCAGCCGAGCGCCUUAUCGAUGAAACGAUGAUGCUUUGCAAGGAUAACCGGAUAGAGAGAAAAAUGUGAUUUCUUCGUAGAAAAAUUUUAGACGGUAUGAACGAUGUGUAUUUGAAAAUUGAUUUCAUCAUACAGUCACAUCUAUCUAUAAAUUUCAGAAAUUUAAUUUUCACAGCAAAACUAAAGCAACCGGUAAUAAUAUAAUUAAUUUGUUCUUGGGUGUUCCCUAUAUCCCUUGCUUGUAAUUUUUCCCUCUUUUCUUUUUUUUUCUAUUUUGUUUUUAAUGAUUUUUUAACAAUCAUGGCAUCUAUAAUGCAUUUUAUUCAAAAUCCUCUGACUUUUCAGGACGAUUUUUAUAAUUUCUAGUAAUAUUACAAAUUUAUAACGCCCCACGCUGUCUGUCCUCUUCUGAAUAUAACAAAAUCAAAUCCUAGAAGCAAUCAUUUAUUAGUAUAUAUCUAACUCGCGAAUAACGUGUCAUCUACCAGUGUUCCUAUACUGUGGCAGCGGAGAGAUAGUGUGGGUUGAUUCAUAAACUUUGCAAUCAACGUUUCUAAUUUACUAAAGGUCGAGACGGUGCGGCGUUUUAGGAAUGAGAUUAUGAAGAAAUUUUGAUUUGGUUGUGAAAUCUUGAAAAACUUACCUGCUUUUAACCCAUGGGUUGCGGAGGGAGCCCUAAUUAUAAUUUCAUUUUGUAUUUUUUACUCAUAUUUUUUAUUUUUUAAACUUUACAUUAUUUCUCUGAAAAUUAUUCUUCCAAUAUAUGAAACUCUUUCAUUUAAAAAUUAACUUAGUAUCUUUGUAUACCCCUGGUAAUUUCAGUCACGACUGGCCCUGGUUCCCUUCUGUUCGAGGGUUAAAUAACUUUCUCGAAUAAACUUAACUUAAUCCAAUUAAACUUAAUUUUAUCUAAAAUUUAUAUUUUUUAUUUAUUUUUAUCCAAAAAUAAGGACAAAGCAACUUAAUUUUAUCUAAAAUUAAGUUUGAACUGUGCUUAUUUCCAUGACCCCCCGUCCGAGGGUUUGAACGGCUUGAUAUUGAUUUACUGAUUUAUUGAGAUUAUUGUCAGUAUUCAAAUACACACGUUUCAUAUUUGAUGAUCUCGACUGUCGUCGGCUAGAAUACAGAUUAUCUAUACACGACCAAAAUAGGGAUAGAGUCACAUAUCCGAGACAAGAAGGUAUCGUUUGCCUCGGUAAGGCGUCACGGCCUUCUUCGCGCUGUUGCAAUACGCAAAUCUGUUCUUCCAGAUAUAAUAUUAUAUAUACAUAUAUCUAUAUGUAUACACACACAUUUAUGUAUACACGUACAGGAGCAUAUUAUGCGUUGCAAUCAGAGGUACGCACGUCGUCGUUGUCGUCGUCGUCGUCGUCGUUACGCUUAUGUUGAUCGUAUCCGACGAAACUUUUUACCUGUCGAGACGGAUCACGCGGUUAUACAUACAUAUAAUAUACUCAUAACGAUGGUACAACCAUGAGGAACGAUGCGUUUGUCACGAGUGUGCCGAGUACAAAAGGUUUAUGGGAUAUAAAUGUGUAGAAGAUGGUUAGCUCCAUUGUGCUGGGAACACGUUUUAGCUCGUUCGAGGUCGGUGAUUUGGUAAUUCUGAUACGCAGUCAUAAGUAUUCGUUUUCAUUUCGAAACAAAAAUUAAUCAUUUGCACUGAAACGUCGUGCGAUACCUAUUUAUAUUUAAUUUAGGUGAUUUCAGUAUUGGGUCCUCUUUAUUUAUUAAUCUAAUACCAAUAGUAUGAGAUUAAUAAUUAAAUUCACAAUCUUUACACUUUUUUUUCUUUUACAGAAUUAUUUAAUAACAAUUUUCAAUCAAAGCAAGCAAUUUGUGGUAAUUUUUACAUCUUUUUAAAAGUAAACUUUGAAUAGUUUUUAUGCAGAAGUAGCUGUCAACCUGAUACGAAUUUUCUUAUUUGUUUAAUAUAACAAUUAAAAACCAUAAAAUAAUAUCUUGACGCGUUUCAAAUUACGAAUCACCGAUGUAGAUCGAUAAAUAUAGCGAUCGAAGUAGAUCUAGAAGAUGUUAAGAGAGGAAGGAACGUUCGAAUUUUCGCUCAGCUUUCUCAUAAUCGACCAUGAUAGUCAAAAAGGAAUUAUGCAACAACGAUCAGUUUACGUGGCAAAACGUUCUUGACGUGGGCACGAAACUCAAUUUUUUAUACUGUUUGGCCUGUAUUCAGAACGCUCUAAUAAAACAAACUAUACUUCUUUA